UUUGUUGUAUGUUAACAAUAAGGAGCACACCGGCGGCGGCGGCAAGUUCGCGUUAAAUAUAUAAUAUAUGCUUAUUGUUAUAUUUAUGUGUGUACAUGAAUUUAGAUACAUACAUAUACGCAGCAGAAUGUGCGCUCAUAUAGAGCGAAUUGUGAAUUGUGUGUUGAAAGAAAAAUGACGAAAAUGAACUAUAAAUCCGUAUUGCGUUAAAAUUCUGGGAAACUGUGUGGGACCGCAGCGAACUGUACCCCAGGCAGUUGCAAGCGAAUGAGCUGAUGGGAAUGUGUUUGGGAAAUUUGCAUUUAUCUGUUGGCGUGCAAGUUUCGAAUUGAAAAUAUAAGUGAAACCUGUGGAAAUUUAGUUCAAAUAUCGUGAAAAAUGCCGGCCAAAAAACAAAAAAAUAAAAAGAAGCAUCAGCAACAUCAACAACAGCUGCAGCAGCAACAACAACAACAAUCUACCACAAACAGUUCUCAAUCAAGCAUGGAAAGUAACAACAUCAACGAGCCAGGUGGUGAUUCAUCACCUAAGCAGCUUCCCUAUAGAAUUGAAAAGUCUUCAGUAUUGGGACGCUACUUGGUGGCAAAUCGCGACUUGAAAGCCGGUGAACUGCUUACAAUAGAAGAACCACUGGCCAUUGGUCCAUGUGUAUCAGCAGAUGCUGUCUGUUUGGGUUGUUAUAUGCCAGUGGAGUUGAAGGAAACACAAUUUUGUUGUGAAGCCUGCAAAUGGCCAAUGUGUGGCCCACAGUGUGGUGGUCUCCAUCAGCCCACCGGCCACACAGUGCAGGAAUGUGAGCUUUUGCGUGAACACAAACUUGGGGCUGCACUUACCGCCGCUUGUGGGAAAGCCGAUUUGGUGAAGAACUACUAUGAGCUCAUACUGAUUGUGCGCAUUUUGCUCCUGAAGCACCAUGCUCCAGACAAGUAUGCCUACAUACUGCAAAUGGAAUCUCACACUGAGCUACGCAAGGCCAACACGGAGCUGUGGCAACACUAUGAGCAGAAUGUAGUGCAGCGGCUGCAACGCGAUUGGGGAUUAGACACAGUUAGUGCCGAGGACAUACAUGCCAUUUGUGGUAUUGUGGAUGUGAAUUGCUUCGAAAUUGGACAGAAUUUGGCAAAAGCGCGUUGUCUGUAUAAGAGCGCCUUUUUGUUGGCGCAUGACUGUUGCCCCAAUACGGCACACACCGAUGAUCCACAAAGCUAUGCCAUAAUUUUACGUACUUCACGGUCGAUAAGCAAGGAUGAGGGUAUCACUUUGAGUUACGCCUACACGUUGCAGGGCACCCUAAAACGCCGUGAUUUCAUGCAUGCGGGAAAAUUAUUUUGGUGUUGCUGCGAUCGUUGUUCAGAUCCGAAGGAGUUGGGUACGGACUGCAGUGCUUUGGUCUGUCCGAAAUGCAAAACUGGCUCAGUACGCUCCACGGCACCAUUGAACCAGGAAGCUGAAUGGAGAUGUGAUCGCUGUGACUACACUUUGCAGUAUAAGGAAAUUUUGAAAUUAUUGGAUGCUAUAAAUUAUAAUUUAGAAACAAUAGACGCACAUAAUAUACCAGGACUAGAAGGAUUCCUUAAAAAAUACGAACGUGUUCUGGGACCCAAUCACUAUCUGAUACUCUCGGCCAAGUACUCACUCUGCCAAAUCUAUGGACGCAUUGAAGGCUACUUACUGCAUACAAUGUCAAUAGAAAAUGUUGAGAAAAAGGAGCAAUAUUGUCGGGACUUCUUAAGAAUCAUCAAUGUGCUGGAACCAGGCCUCACCAGGUUAAGAGGCCUAAUUUUAUAUGAGCUGCAUGGCGCGAUAAUGAUGCGAUCGCAGCGUUUAAUGAUGACAGGUGGCAUAAGUGAAUCGAACUUUAAACGUAACAUCAAAGAGGUGAUCAGGUGCUUGCAGGAGAGCAAAGAUAUUCUGUUGCUGGAGCCAGAGGGCACAAGUGAACAUGAGAUGGGUGUGGCGGCAGCGGGCGCAUUGGUAGAAAUGGGCGUGAAAUGAGAAAGGAAUAGAACUCAUUAGAGCGACAUACAUUUACGUGUGGCUUAUUAAAGUCCCUUUUUAAAAUAGAGAGACUAGAGCGAAGUGAGUGGUUACAUGUGAGAGUUAAGGCAGUAAGGAUUUCAAAAAAAAAAAAAAUGUUUUUUAGAAGUACUUGGUUUCGGCUGGAAUAUCGUAUCAUCAGAAAUCAUAGCAUCAAUAUGCUCCCGUGAGCACGCACACAUACAUUUAGUAAAAAUCAUUACCACACAGUUUCAUAUAUUCAAUUAUUGAGCUCAUGUCAACAACAAAAUCACAAUGGUUUGCAUGCCAAUACAUAAAGACACUCACACACAUACAUGCUUGCGUCACAUUUAUUAGGCGAUCUUCACACAUGAUCGUAUACAUGCAUACAACUGUAUUUUACGAAAUCUCAUUAAAAAUAAAGUCACUCUUAUUAUUUUAUUUUUGGUUUCUAUUAUACAUUAUUGCAUCAUUUCUAAUUUGGUAAGUAAAGCUUACUGAGCAAAAUAAGCAAAUGACUUUUGUCCCAUUCCUCUCAUCUGGUUUGAUCUACCUCACCCAUUUUUUAUAUACAUAUACAUAAAUACGCUGCAUGUUGUGCAUUGCAUGAGUCAUUUAUUUCUCAUUCGAAAAUUUUGAAUAUUCCUUAGUCAUUAAUUAUAAUUAAAUGACGAAACCAAUCAUCGAAAACAUGCAUUAUUCAUGAAAAAACAUUCAUAUUUAUAUGGUCUUUAAUUCAUCAUUGAAACAAUUCAUUCAUUCCAUAUUCAUUUGGGAUUAUUAUUUUGAAUAUUUAUUCCUGCAUGUUUUAUCGUUUUACUUUUACUUUAGUUUUGGUAAUUUUAGUUACGGGCAAAUCAGUGAACACUUAUAAUUUAUAUUUUUAGUUUUUCAUGUAUAAUUAGUUAGUCACUAUUCAUUGCAUGUCUGCAUAAUUUAUACAUAUAUAUACAUAAAAUAUUUUUUUAUUUCUCAUUAACGCAUCUCCUGCCAAAUUUCAUUAUCUAUUCUUAUUUUUCAUUACCAAAAUUUUUUCAUAUUCUUGGCCAUCACUCCACACGUACCAUUUAGCACUCCAAAUUCCUUUUCAACAUUACGAAUUCAUCAAUUCAUAACUUGGGUAUCAAUCUUAAUUUGCAAUACGUUCAUUAUAUUUCAGUGCAUGUCAGUCACCUCUCAAAAUUGGCAGUGAUAUAUGAAUCAAAUUUUGAUCGUAACCAUUCAUAAAAAAAAAAUCAUCUUUUAUUAUUUCAUUUUAUUAGCUCAACCAAAUUAUUAUAAUUUAAAUUAAAUCAGAUAUGAAAUAUCUUUCCUUUUUCCAUAAUUUCCAUCAAUCAUUAUACAUUAUCUUGCAUGUUCGGCGAUCUUCUGUAGGAUGAUCAGCUGCUAUUAUAUAGUUCUAUGUGGCACAUCAUUCACCAUACAGCAUGAGCCAUACAUAUAUAUCACCAAUCAAUAUUCAUACAUUAUUUUCAAACAUCUUUCUUUAAGCAUGAAUCCCAUUAAUACUCAUAGUUCUUCAAAUUUCAUUCCUUAUGCUGCAUGUUUCAUCUAUUUCACCUCAUUAUUUUUCUUAAUUUCAUAUCACAUUUUUUAAGAAUCCCAUUUAAAUAUUGCUCAAUGAUAUAUUUUGAUUUUAUUAUCCGUCAUAUUUUUAUUUUCGUUUUUGAACUUCUCUCAUUAUCUGUCAUGUUCCAUCUCCUUAUUAUUUUGCAUGCUUUAUCUAUCAUUCUUUCAUGCAAUCAACUCUCAUGUGGUCAGCGGCAUACAUUUUAUUUACCUUUUUUUUAUCUAUCAUUCAUCGUACAUCAUCUUUUAACUGUCAUAUAUCGACUCUCAUUAUUGAUCUGUCAUGAAUCUCCAUUGACAAAUGUUAUAAUUGAAUAUCACAUACUCUCAUUUGACAUCUUGCAAACACUCCAUCAUCACUCAAGACCCAUCAGCCAACUGUUUGAUGAAACCAGAGCUUCUGAGACAAGACACCGAUACACUUCAAGCAUUUUGGCACUCUUUACACACAAGAAGGAUUCAAGGGAGAAAGCGGAAUAAAUAUUGUUUCACUAAUGUACAUUUGUUUAUUUAUAUUUUCUGGUAAUUAUUUUAAAUGGAAAAGAAUCAAACAAACAAAAGCUAAUUUCGAACCAGUUUUGAUGAUAUUAAACAAGAAAUCUUUUCAUAAAAUAAAGGACAGAAAACCAA